AUUCUUAGAGCUUGCGUUACAGAGAGGGUUUAAAAUUCGAUUCCUGUAGUCGACCCAAGUGAAGGAAGGUUCGGUGAGGGUCGGCGUUUUGAAUAGGGCUGUCAAAACGACGUUGACGUUUGACAGCCCGGUUCCUUGGAGAUACACACUUUCGUUUCAGAUAAGGACAAGGGUUGCUACUUAUUGGUGAUAUGGUAUUGUGUUGACAAGUUCUUGCGUUGUGUUUCUGCGAUGAGUUCGUUUUCUGGGGCCAUUCAGCGACCUCUUGUGGCCGCUGCUGCCGUUGCGGUUGCUUCUUUCUCUGCUGAUAUUUCGGAUAAAUUGCCGUUCAAUGGAUCAUCGCGUGAUUGUUCUACCUCCAGUUUGACACAUUCUCCGCAUAGUAAUUCCAUACAAGAAUCGGAUUCGUCGUGGGUUUCUCAUAUUUCUGAUUCAAAGCUUGCUAACCUGUCUUUUGUGAACCGAAUUCGGGUGCCUGUACCUAAUGUUCAAUUCCGGGUGCCAAGUUUGGGGCAAAUUUGUGUUUCCAAUUUGCACCAUUCUUCGAUUGCUUCGUCCCCAUCUCUUCUGAACUUGUAUCACUAUGCUGACUUGCCUAGAGUGCCGAGGCCGUGUGUGAAUUCCCAUGGUGUCUCUAAUUCAACUUCUGAGGUCAUGUACAAAUGGCAUUUGCCGGAGUCAAGUGCUUUGAGUGAUUCAAAUUGUUCAUUCACAAAGUCGAAGACAGUGGUGGUGUUGCUGGGAUGGUUGGGAGCAAGGCAAAAACAUCUAAAGAAAUACGCAGAAUGGUACACUUCAAAGGGGUUUCAUGUCAUUACCUUUACGUUUCCAAUGGGUGAGAUUCUAAGUUAUCAGCCAGGAGGAAAAGCGGAACAAAAUGUUCACUUGCUUGUAGAUCACUUGGCUGACUGGUUAGAAGGGGAAAAUGAGAAGAAUCUUGUCUUUCAUACUUUCAGCAACACCGGAUGGUUAAUAUAUGGAGUUAUGCUGGAGCAUUUUCAAGAGAAGGAUCCAUCUAUCAUGGAAAGGAUUAGGGGAUGCAUUGUUGAUUCUGCACCUGUUGCAUAUCCUGACCCCCAGGUCUGGGCCUCAGGUUUCUCUGCAGCGUUUCUCAAAAAGAAUAGUGUAGCUACAAAAGGACGCGUAUUUUCCGAUGAAUCUGGCAUUAAAGUAUCAAUUGGCGGUGAUGAAGGUUUAGGAGUCAAACCUGCGGCAACAGAAGCAGCUUUGCUAUUGAUACUAAAGAAAUUUUUUGAGGUCAUUCUGCAUCUUCCUUCAGUGAAUAGGAGGCUCUCUGAUGUUUUGAUCAUGUUAUCAUCAAAGCAACCAAACUGUCCGCAGUUAUACAUUUACAGCUCUGCAGACAGAGUUAUUCCUGCUGAUUCAGUGGAAUCAUUUGUAGAGGCACAGCGCAGGGCUGGACAUGAUGUGAGGGCAUGCAAUUUUGUUUCCUCACCCCAUGUUGACCACUUUAGGAAUGAUCCCAAAUUGUAUACAUCUCAGCUCAGUAAAUUUUUAGAGGAGUGUGUAUCUUAACCGUUGUAAAUCUUACUAAUUCUUUACAUUCCUUGCCUUAUUCAUAUAGCAUAUAGUUCAUUCAUUUUUUUACUUUUUAAAAGCAGCCAUUCCACUAAUUGAUGGUGGAUUGGACUGUAUCAAAAGUCAACCCCUCAAGGGGAUUAAAUACUUGUUCCUUGACAGCUUAUAAUUGAUUCAUCGAUAUGUUGAUAGUUCAAAUGAAAGGCAUAGCAUUGCAACUUUCUCUUCAAUUGUUUCUUCCAUGUUUGAGCGGGUGCAAAAGUGUUUGAAGCUCUCAAGUACAGUCGUAAAUUAUUUUGUUAGUUGAUGGCAAAUAUUUUUCAUUAUUUAUAUAUUUUCGGAUCAACAAUGGCUGAUGAACAUGAACUAGAAGGUAAUGUGAUAUGGAAUAUGGAAAUAAAUGAUUAGAACCUGCAUAUUUGAGCUGCGAAUUCUUAGAUAAGGGAUUAGUUACAUAUUCAAAUGGCAUUUAGAUGAAAUUUUAUAGAAUUUAUUUGUACCUGUUAAAAUGCUUUAUUAUGAUUUUCUGAAGUUUUUAGUAAAAUUGGUUAAAAUAAGUUUUUUUUUACUAUUUUGAUAAAUUUUAUGAAAAUGACCAUUUCACAUUUGAAGAGGCAUAUAUUUACUCUUAAUUGGAGUACAGAGAUUAAAAAAGAGUA